AAAGGAUAAUUAUUUAUGGAUAAGUUUCAGGAAAAAGUCCAGCAUACUUUCUUGGACUAUAUUUCCAGUGGAUUUGAGCUCAAUUUUAUGGUGGCUUUAGAUUUUACUGCUUCUAAUGGUGACCCCCGCGCACCACAGUCUUCGCACUACAUUGACUCCUCCGGCAGACUUAAUUCAUACCAACAGGAAAUCCUAGGGGUUGGCGAGGUUCUGCAGUUUUAUGACACUGAUAGGCGAUUCCCUGCAUGGGGUUUCGGUGCAAAGACACAAGGGCAUGUAUCGCAUUGCUUUAACUUGAAUACAACUACCAAUGGCUGUGAGGUUGUUGGAGUUGAAGGCAUCAUGUCAGCGUACGCCACUACUCUUUACAGUGUUUCCCUUCCCGGGCCAACUAUGUUUGGGCCUGUGAUCAACAAAGCUGCAGAAAUUGCAAGCCAGUCCCUUCAAAAAUACGCAAACAAUAAAUAUUUUGUCUUGCUCAUUAUCACGGAUGGAGUUCUCACUGACAUUCAAGAAACAAAAGAUUGUAUUGUAAGGGCAUCAGAUUUGCCACCGUCAGUUCUCAUCGUUGGCGUCGGAAAUGCGGAUUUCAAACAAAUGGAGAUCCUAGACGCAGACAACGGUAGGCGACUGGAAAGCUCGACUGGCAGGAUUGCGACACGCGACAUCGUCCAGUUUGUUCCCAUGAGGGAGGUCCAAGGUGACCAGAUCUCCGUUGUCCAAUCUCUUCUGGAAGAGCUGCCCGGUCAGUUCCUGACGUACAUGCGCAGCCGGGGCAUCAAGCUGCAAGCUCCUGGGCAUGCUUCGGCGCCCGUUUACCCUCCUCAACAAUGACUCAAAGGUAAUCUGCGUGAGCUGGUCCUUUUACCCAAGUGUAGA